AUGUUAUCGGAUGAGUUAGAAUCCAAACCUGAGCUGCUGGUUCAGUUUGUUCAGAACACUUCUAUUCCACUGGGGCAAGGGCUGGUGGAAUCAGAGCCAAAAGACAUCACCUGUCUUUCUCUCCUUCCUGUUACUGAGACCUCAGAAUGCAACAGACUCAUGUUGCCAGAUGAUGAAAGAGAUCUCACUUCUCCAAGUCACACUAAUUCUUCCAAAGAUAUUUCUUCAUCUGCUGUCUUGAGAAGUCUUCAGGUAAAUGUGGGCCCUGAUGGAGAAGAAACAAGGGCACAGAAUGUACAGAAAUCACCUGAACUUCUGUCAACUCCAGAGACUUCCAGUUUAUUGCAAGACCUCCAGCCCAGUGACAGCACUUCAUUUAUUCUUCUCAAUCUAACAAGAGCAGGGCUGGGGUCUCCAGCAGAGCACUUGGUGUUUGUUCAAGAUGAAGCAGAAGAUUCUGGGAAUGACUUUCUCUCUCAUGAUAGCACAGACAGCAGUACUCCAUGGUUCCUGCGAGUGCAAGAAUUGGCCCAUGACAGUUUGAUUGCUGCCACUCGGGCACAGCUUGCUAAGAAUGCCAAAGCAAGCAAUAAUGGUGAAAAUGUUCAUCUUUGCUCAGGAGAUGGGCAGCAGAAAGACUCUAGCCCCAUUCCUCAUUUAUCUCGUGUGGAAAGGAAGCUGAAGUGCACAGUUGAGGGCUGUGACCGGACAUUUGUGUGGCCAGCUCACUUCAAGUAUCACCUGAAAACACAUCGGAACGACCGCUCCUUCACCUGCCCAGCAGAAGGCUGUGGAAAAAGUUUCUACGUCUUGCAGAGGCUGAAGGUGCACAUGAGAACUCACAAUGGUGAAAAACCCUUUGUGUGCACAGAACUGGGCUGUGGGAAACAGUUCACGACCGCUGGAAAUCUGAAGAACCACCUCCGAAUUCACACUGGGGAAAAACCCUUUCUGUGUGAGGCACAGGGAUGCGGUCGCUCCUUUGCUGAAUACUCCAGCCUUCGGAAACAUUUGGUUGUCCACUCAGGAGUGAAGCCCCAUCAGUGCCAAAUUUGUGGGAAGACAUUUUCCCAGAGUGGUAGCAGAAACGUGCAUAUGAGGAAACAUCACUCCCGAGUUGGAACAGCUGGCAGCAGGGAGCGAGAACAGCCAGAAUCACUGAUGGGCAGCAGUUUGCUGGAAGAAUCUACAGUGCAUAGUAAGAAUCUCAUCUCCAUGAACUCUCAGCCCAGCCUUGGUGUUGAGUCUCUGCACCUGCCAGAUACUGAGUCUAUUAUUGGAGUAGAGGAGGGUGAGACCAGCUGCUCUUUUUUCCGCCCUCUUAUAUGUGGUGACUGAAGUGGGAUCUAUUAUUCCUCCUAGAGGCUCACUGUGUUGCAGUGGAACGAGUGAACAUUGCUUUUACUGUGCAGAGCAGGUGGGUAGAUGGAGAGUGAAUCAUAAAACUGGAGUUGGAGAAGACCUACCGGACCAAGUUUGUCUCUCACAGAGCUUAGAAGGUGAAGUCUGCUGCUUAGGUGUCAUUUAGCCCACGUUGUGGAAUGCCAUUUCAAAACUCUUUAUGCAGUCCAUUCUCCUAAAGCCUGAAGU